AUGACAACAACAACAACAUUUAACAAUGAUCACCAAAUGAAUGUGCCAGUCUCUAUACUUGUGCCUAUUCCAAUGAUUGUAAUACAGAUUUCCGUUCCACAAGCACAACCCAUAAAUCAUUUGAAUACUGCGUGUGUGCAUUGUGGCCGACAUGAUCAGUCCAAUUCUAAAGACGAAGAAGAAAGCCAAGAUAUCACUGAUGAUGUCAUUUUCAUUGAAGAAAAACAACCAGCCGUAAAUGACGAUGUUAUUUUCGUCAAAGAAGAAUUAUCUGAUGUUCCCGAACUCGUGGGAAAUAUCCAACAGGAAGAAUUUAAGAUGGAUUUUGACGUCGAUGAACGCAAUUUUCAGGACAAAUUCGCUCACUGGCCUAAUAUUUACUCACCCAUUUCGUUUACCGAAUCAACUAGUGGAGAAAGAAGAGAUCUACCCUUCUCCCAAGCCCAAGAUAUGUUUUUUGAUAAUCUUUUGAACACGUGCUGUGACGAUAUUGGUCAACUUGUCGAAUACUUAAAAGAUGAUAUGUUCUACAUGUAG